CUAGUAGUAACAUUCUUGAUUUGUAGCCUAUUUUUUAACAAAAGCUUCCUCUACUAUUACGUUGGCUUCCAUCCUGCUUUAAUAACUUCGUUUCUUUUUCUUUUUGCGACGAUAAAAUUCCCUUGAAUUGGAGUAGAAAUAUUCACGAUUGGAUUUGUCUUGUCGAUUUUUGUCUUUCUUAUCUUAGCUUCUUGGUUCAUUGGUAAUUACUUUUAUUACAAUUGUUGUCAAAGUAUUGACCUGUGUUUCAUCUGAUCCGAUUUUCGUGUGUUAAUUCCUUACUACUCCUUUUGCCGUUGUUCACUGAUACAGCAUUGCUACCCUCUUUUCCCUUUUGUUUGUUCUUUCCGCUCCCCCAUUUCCAAGAUGUGGUUACCCUUGGUUCGUCGGUACUCCACUCGGUCUUCAGGCCCUGUCGUGGGCAUUAUAGGCUCUGGUCCGGCAGCUUUUUACACAGCUCAUCGGCUCUUUCGAAAUGACCCUUCCAUCAAGGUUGACAUGUACGAGGCAAAUCCUGUCCCGUUUGGUUUGGUCCGGUAUGGCGUUGCUCCAGACCAUCCUGAAGUCAAGCAAGUGGACCACAAGUUUAGUGAGAUUGCAAAUUCCAGUCAAUUUCGGUUUCUAGGAAAUAUUCGUGUUGGCAAAGAUCUUCCUCUUUCCACUCUCUCUCGGCAUUACGAUGCUCUUGUGUACGCUUAUGGCGCAUCAUCCGACAAGAUCCUCAACAUUCCCGGUGAACACUUACGCGGCGUCUACAGUGCUCGCCAAGUAGUUGGUUGGUACAAUUGCGAUCCUCAGCAUCAAGAUAUUGGAAUUUCUCUUCCUCAUCUCAAAGACCUUGUCAUAAUCGGUCAGGGUAACGUUUCUCUCGAUAUCGCCAGAAUUAUGCUUAGCAGGCCCGAGCAGCUUUCUCCUACUGACAUUAAUCCCCUCUUUUUACAGCAGCUUUUCCAAAGUGCCCUUCAGCGGUUGCACAUCGUUGGUCGGAGAGAUCUGACUUCUGUCUCUUUCACUAUAAAGGAGCUUCGAGAGCUGUUCUCUCUUUCUUCUGCUAUGUUUUUAGCACCAGAAUAUACCUCAUCACUCUCCUUUCUUUCAGAACAGGCCCUUGGCACUUUUGACCGUGCUCGUAAACGUCUGAUAAAGCUUAUACAAUCCAACAUCCAAGCCGCUCAGCAAAGAAACUCAACUACGUCUACUCAGCAAAAGCCUUCUAAAUUUUGGGGACUUGAAUUUGGACUUACUCCUAUCGAAAUCCUUGGUCGGAAUGGCCAGGUUGAUAAAGUUAGAUUCCAAAAGACCGAAACCGUCCGCAACGAAUCCACUUCUCCAAGUGAUUUUGUCGAAAUUCCUGCUCAAGCUGUUAUUCGAAGUAUUGGAUACAAGAGUGUUCCCCUUCCCGGAAUGCAAGAACUUGGAGUUCCUUUUGAUAUGACUCGAGGUGUUAUACUCAACAAUGAGGGACACAUCGGCCCUGGCAUGUAUGCCAGUGGUUGGGUGAAAAAUGGUCCGGUUGGUGUUAUUUCUUCGACGAUGAUGGAUUCAUUUGCUACUGCUGAUAAACUGUACAAAGACUGGCUUGCUCAAGAGCCUUUCUUAAUAGGCACAAGAGCCGGUUGGGAUGGUGUUCGACACACCGUAAAUACACCUGUGGUUUCAUGGGAAGAUUGGGAAGUUAUAAAAAAGCAUGAAAUUGAAAAUGGUUUGCGACACGAGUCUGUAGGUGAGAAGUUUAGAACAUGGGAGGAUAUUCUACGUGUUUUACACAAAUAACGAACUCUUUCUAUAGCUAAUCUUGGUCUUAUAAUGUAUUAGGUGAAAUGAAAUGAACGCAUAAUUUACUUUUCCUCUUUCCUCUCCUCUUCCCAUUUUACUUCUCUUGACGUUUGGCCAUUCAUAACGUUGCACUUUAUCAUUAUAAAUUUUCUAGGUUUAUGGAUAAACGCAAAAAAUUCAUAUUUUUCCAUGAAUUGGAAAAGUAAUAAGCCUUAGUAAUAUUCCAUGGAACCAUCCCUCGUUACCGGUGAUAUCUGGGAUUGCUUUGUAGUUCCAAAGAGGAUCCCAUUGGAGCAGAAGAAAUGGAUGAGUAAUUAGCUAGUGUCCGAUUACCAGAAGUCUGGCGUAGCUUUCCGUACCCUAAAAAACAUAUGAGUUAAUACGUCGCCUUGAGCAAAAAGGAGAAUAACAUACCACCACGACCGGGGUCGUAUUCUUCUCGCAUUUCAUCGCGCACUUGUCCACCAGAAGCACCACGCCCGUAUUGUCGUCCUUCUUCGUAACCAGGAUCCAAGUCUGCCCGAAUAAUACGCUCAUCCAAGGAUGUACCAGAAAUAUAUUUCAAACAAUCAAGGGCAUCCUCAUUUUUAUAAUAUUCAACAAAACAAAAGCCACAAGGGGUCUAUAGUAGAUCAUAUUAGUUUAAUGUGAUUUCCAGUGAAGAACAGUAGAUAGCUUUCCAGUGCCCCCCUUACAGUCAUGUAUCUUUAUUCGUAUAGUGUACUUACCUUUGCAAAACGAUCUACACCCAUG